AUGGAGAUAUUGUGUUCAAUAUGUUGCUGUAAUCUUGUAGAUCCUAAGCAGGAAAUAGGACUUCCGUUCAGCUCUGCAGGUGGUAAUAAUAAUCAUCAAGCAUACAGCUCCCUUUGUGGACAUGUUUUUCAUAAAAUUUGUCUACUAAAAUGGCAAGAACGAUCUAAAAAUUGUCCUGAAUGUCGAACAGUUAUCAAUGGGAAAGAAGAUAUUCACAAAGUUUAUUUCAACGUUAAUUUUAAAAGCGACGAAGAAAGUCAGCAGGACGUACAAGAAGAAAAAAUUCAAAUGCAUAAACGAACGGAAACUUUGACAAAGUAUAUUAAACAUAUUACAAAAGAGCUCGGACAUGUUGAGUUGAAAUUCGAUAAACUUAAACAAGAGAUAGCCAGGAAAGAUCAAGAGAUUAGUGAUCUAAAGAAUUUAUUAAAUCAAGAACGUUUGUGUGUACCACUCAGGCGUGUUACUUUGAAGACAAAUAAGGUUUAA